UAUUCUAGCAAUAAUUAUUUUAGCCCUUAGGUACAAAGCCGGGUGAGAAUUUCAACACACUGGUCAAGUUGGACGUGGAGACGCGGGUGUCAGGACACAAUAACACCACCACCACCACCACCACUGUGCUCACUACAGUUUAAUGGGCAAAUUCAUCUAUUCUGAUGCCUUCAGCCAAGAGUUUGUAAAGCACAACAAUGGACAGUGGAGGGAGUUUCUGAUCUAUUCCAAGAUAAUCCCUGAGCUGAAUGUGUUUCAGGCCAACUUAGCUAAGGAUAGAUAUCGAAUAGAUAUUCCUUGUUUCAUCUAUGGCAAGUGCACUGGCGAUGAUUACGUCGUGAUAAUGGAAGACCUUUGUCCCGCGGCAUACGAGACUGAGGACCUGUCAGAGGGUCUUGACCUGAGCCUGACUGGACGCGGUCUCCUAUGCCUAUGACAAGAUCCACAGCUUCACUGAAAAGUAUCCUGCGUUUCUCUCAAUAGAAAGUUUUUACACACUGAUGAUUCCAUUUGUAACUAUUCUUUGUGAGAAUUGCAUACAAAUGCUCGAGGACACAAUAGAUGAAACUUGUUUAAUAAACUGAAAAUGAGCAAAGAGUCAAUUUUAAACUUGUACGAAUCAACAAUGAAAAAUCACGAUGCUCAGAGUAUCAUUUGUCUUUGCCACUGUGAUUUCUGGAUAAAUAACAUAAUGUUUAAUCACAAAACAAACGAAGCCAGACGGUCAGAGGGACAUUGCUGGCAUGAUGCUUAUCGACUGGGAGGCCGCACGAUGGCACAACCCAGUGUUGUACUUAUAUUUUAUGAUUUGUAGCUCCACCAGUCUCACUCUGCGCAAGAACUACUUGGAGGAGAUCUUGCGACAAUAUUACUCCACCUUCACCGCUGCUACAGACACGAUGGGAGCCCAUAUUCCCAGCUCGAGCUAUGAAGACUUCAAGGAUGAAUGGCGAAGCACUGCCCCAAUCGGUACUAUCUCAGGAAUAAUCGUAAACUUGUUGGCUCUGAGCAGUGCUGCCAAAACACUCAGAAAUACUUCGGCGCAGCCUCCCGGUGACUUUAUAACCAUGGUAAAGUUUUGGUUUGCCAGGAUGCUUAUGCCGAUCUUGGCAAAACCUUCAACGCAGUUCAUAUCACGAUUCGUUGUGAAAAAAAGAUCCUUUGACUCUCUUCUGCAGGAGAUGAGAGACGGCAGUAACAAGCUUCUCACUUCUCGAGUCCGUGACCUUCUUAUGGAGGCUAAUGAUAAUGGUGUCUUUGACCUCUGCAUCGUAACUUGAUGACACAUUAGUGUCGAAAGCUGAUGCAACACCUGUGCAAGAGGAAAUUUCCAAUAUUAAUAGUUAUGAUGGAAACUGAAGAGGAUGUUUAAAAGUGUACUUACAAUUUAUAAACUAAAACGAUGACAGUGACAUUGCUUUAAAUAAGUAGUAAGCUGAUUAAAAAAGCAACCGUCUAGGGAGGUACUAUAUUCGCAUCAGAUAAGUAAGAAACAGAAGCCUGUUAAAUGUUUUGCACUCUGUCAGUUUUGAUGGUCUUUUUGUCUUGUGUACAUGUAAAAUGGCAAGUAAAUCUUAGAAACUUGCUUACCUUCAGCCUACAGUUACCAUUAAUUUCCCCUGUUUCAUAUUCAGAGAGUGUUUCCUUCCCAGUUUAGGCGGCAGGUAAGAUCAUCCCUGGAGCUACAUAACAAAUAUAUGAUACUUACACAAUGGUCAAUG